UUUUGUAACUCAUCUGUUUUGUUUUAUCAAGGCUAAGAGUUAAACAUACAUUAGCAUAAUUCAUUAUUUGUGGCUGAGUUGACUGAGAUGGGGGGGGUGUUUUAGUUGUUUGCCAGGUGGUUUUAGGCCCUCCUCAAUUCUACCUGUUUGCCACAGCACACAAUUUGUUAUGUGUUUUAAUGUCCUGCCCCCAUAUCCAACACCCAGAUGACUGGUGUUAUAAAGAAUUGAACAAUAAAGGAUAGUGUGCAUUGGGAUUAAAUGCCCUGCAUAUAAAGAUAACUCUGUAUGAAGAUGGGAACCAGUUGUAAAAGGAGGAGGGCAGAUAUGGGAGCUUUUCUUAACACAUAUUAUUUUAUCUUGGUUUAUUUGUCCCUCUUCUCCUUCCACUCUGUAUCUAACUCUUUUUCUUUAUCUUGUAAAUUACAGAGAAAGUUUCAACUUAAUGAAUGCACAAGCCUGGAGAUGUGGUUCUUGGUGGGCUAUUUGAGGUGCACUAUUCCUCUGUUUUCCCUGAGUGGACUUACACCUCAGAGCCACAAUGGCCCAUCUGCAAAGGGUUUAACACUCUAGGGUUCAGGCAUGCAAUGACCAUGGCCUUUGCUAUUGAUGAGAUCAACAGGAGCUCCGAUCUGUUACCUAAUGUGACUCUAGGAUACAGUCUGUAUGACAACUGUGUGCACUUCAUUGGAUUCAGUGGUGGAUUAUCACUUGCCAGUGGCAGAGAGCACUAUGUGUUUGAGGAGAACUGUUUAGGGACCCCUCCAGUCAUGGGGAUAGUUGGUGAUUCUGCCUCUACAUUUUCCAUUGCCACUUCCAAUGUGCUGGGUUUAUACAAAAUGCCUAUUGUGAGUUAUUUUUCCACUUGUUCCUGCCUUAGUCAUCGGCAACGGUUCCCAUCCUUCUUUAGAACAAUCCCAAGUGAUGCUUUCCAGGUGCGUGCAAUGAUACAGAUUCUGCAACACUUCAGCUGGACUUGGGUCGGCCUGCUAGUCAGUGAUGAUGACUAUGGUCUCCAUGUUGCUCGAUCCUUCCAAUCUGAUCUGACUCAAUCCAGUGGAGGUUGUCUGGCCUACUUAGAAGUUUUGCCCUGGGACAGUGACCCAACUAAACUUAGUAGGAUUGUUGAUGUGAUGAAGACAUCCACAGCCCGUGUGGUUAUGGUUUUUGCACAGGAGUUUCACAUGAUACAUCUUAUGGCAGAGGUGCUUAGGCAGAAUGUGACAGGCCUACAGUGGAUAGCAAGUGAAGCCUGGACAGCAUCUACUGUGCUUCAAACACCCGAACUCAUGCCGUACCUGAAGGGCACGCUCGGCAUUGCCAUCCGUCGAGGGGAAAUACCAGGACUGAAGGAGUUUUUAAUACAAAUACAUCCUGACAAAGUAAACAAUGACAGCUCUGGAACAAGCAUGGUGAGGCAGUUUUGGGAAUCCACAUUUCGGUGUAAAUUUGCUUCACCGGGUUGGCUGAAAGCUGGGGAAACACUCUGCAAUGGAGAAGAAGACAUACAAAAUGUUGAGAGCGAUUUUUUAGAUGUUUCAAACCUCAGGCCUGAGUACAAUAUUUACAAAGCUGUGUAUUCUCUAGCGUAUGCCCUUGAUGAUGUGAUGAAGUGUGAGCCAGGGAGAGGGCCUUUCAGUGGGCACAGCUGUGCCAAUUUUCAAACUUUGGAGCCAUGGCAGCUUGUUCAUUAUUUACAAAAGGUUAACUUCACCACAUCAUUUGGUGAUCAAGUUUCAUUUGAUGAGAAUGGAGAUGUGCUACCAAUCUAUGAUGUCAUCAACUGGCUGUGGCUCCCUGAUGGAAAAGUUAAAGUUCAAAAUGUGGGUGAUGUUAAGAGGUCUGAUUUCAAAGGUGAAGUUCUUAAAAUUGAUGAAGACAAAAUCUUCUGGAACUUUAUUACUAAAAAGCCACCUCAGUCAGUAUGUAGUGAGAGCUGUCCUCCAGGUACCCGCAUGGCCAGAAAGAAAGGGGAACCUGAAUGCUGUUUCGACUGUGUCCCUUGUUCUGAGGGGAAAAUCAGCAAUACAACUGACUCCAUAGAGUGCACCAGUUGUCCAGAGGACUUCUGGUCCAGCCCAAAGCAUGACAUCUGUGUGCCUAAGAAGACCGAGUUUCUCUCUUUUCAUGAGCCGUUGGGUAUCUGCUUGACAACUGCCUCAUUGCUGGGCACAUUUCUCUGUUCUGUCGUCCUGGUAAUCUUCAUCCAUCAUCGCAGCACACCCAUGAGAAAGUUUCAACUUAAUGAAAUGCACAAGCCUGGAGAUGUGGUUCUUGGUGGGCUAUUUGAGGUGCACUAUUCCUCUGUUUUCCCUGAGUGGACUUACACCUCAGAGCCACAAUGGCCCAUCUGCAAAGGGUUUGACACUCUAGGGUUCAGGCAUGCAAUGACCAUGGCCUUUGCUAUUGAUGAGAUCAACAGGAGCUCCGAUCUGUUACCUAAUGUGACUCUAGGAUACAGUCUGUAUGACAACUGUGGUGCACUUAUCAUUGGAUUCAGUGGUGGAUUAUCACUUGCCAGUGGCAGAGAAAAGCACUAUGUGUUUGAGGAGAACUGUUUAGGGACCCCUCCAGUCAUGGGGAUAGUUGGUGAUUCUGCCUCUACAUUUUCCAUUGCCACUUCCAAUGUGCUGGGUUUAUACAAAAUGCCUAUUGUGAGUUAUUUUUCCACUUGUUCCUGCCUUAGUCAUCGGCAACGGUUCCCAUCCUUCUUUAGAACAAUCCCAAGUGAUGCUUUCCAGGUGCGUGCAGUGAUACAGAUUCUGCAACACUUCAGCUGGACUUGGGUCGGCCUGCUAGUCAGUGAUGGUGACUAUGGACUCCAUGUUGCUCGAUCCUUCCAAUCUGAUCUGACUCAAUCCAGUGGAGCUUGUCUGGCCUACUUAGAAGUUUUGCCCUGGGACAGUGACCCAGCUAAACUUAGUAGGAUUGUUGAUGUGAUGAAGACAUCCACAGCCCGUGUGGUUAUGGUUUUUGCACAGGAGUUUCACAUGAUACAUCUUAUGGCAGAGGUGCUUAGGCAGAAUGUGACAGGCCUACAGUGGAUAGCAAGUGAAGCCUGGACAGCAUCUACUGUGCUUCAGACACCCGAACUCAUGCCGUACCUGAAGGGCACGCUCGGCAUUGCCAUCCGUCGAGGGGAAAUACCAGGACUGAAGGAGUUUUUAAUACAAAUACAUCCUGACAAAGUAAACAAUGACAGCUCUGGAACAAGCAUGGUGAGGCAGUUUUGGGAAUCCACAUUUCGGUGUAAAUUUGCUUCACCGGGUUGGCUGAAAGCUGGGGAAACACUCUGCAAUGGAGAAGAAGACAUACAAAAUGUUGAGAGCGAUUUUUUAGAUGUUUCAAACCUCAGGCCUGAGUACAAUAUUUACAAAGCUGUGUAUUCUCUAGCGUAUGCCCUUGAUGAUGUGAUGAAGUGUGAGCCAGGGAGAGGGCCUUUCAGUGGGCACAGCUGUGCCAAUUUUCAAACUUUGGAGCCAUGGCAGCUUGUUCAUUAUUUACAAAAGGUUAACUUCACCACAUCAUUUGGUGAUCAAGUUUCAUUUGAUGAGAAUGGAGAUGUGCUACCAAUCUAUGAUGUCAUCAACUGGCUGUGGCUCCCCGAUGGAAAAAUUAAAGUUCAAAAUGUGGGUGAUGUUAAGAGGUCUGAUUUCAAAGGUGAAGUUCUUAAAAUUGAUGAAGACAAAAUCUUCUGGAACUUUAUUACUAAAAAGCCACCUCAGUCAGUAUGUAGUGAGAGCUGUCCUCCAGGUACCCGCAUGGCCAGAAAGAAAGGGGAACCUGAAUGCUGUUUCGACUGUGUCCCUUGUUCUGAGGGGAAAAUCAGCAAUACAACUGACUCCAUAGAGUGCACAAGUUGUCCAGAGGACUUCUGGUCCAGCCCAAAGCAUGACAUCUGUGUGCCUAAGAAGACCGAGUUUCUCUCUUUUCAUGAGCCGUUGGGUAUCUGCUUGACAACUGCCUCAUUGCUGGGCACAUUUCUCUGUUCUGUCGUCCUGGUAAUCUUCAUCCAUCAUCGCAGCACACCCAUGGUACGAGCCAACAAUGCAGAACUGAGUUUCCUCCUCCUAGUGUCACUUAAACUAUGUUUCCUGUGUUCACUUCUGUUUAUCGGCCACCCCAGAUUAUGGACGUGCAAGUUGAGACAUGCAGCAUUUGGUAUAAUCUUUGUGCUUUGUGUCUCAUGUAUUCUGGUGAAAACUAUGGUGGUUCUUGCUGUGUUCAAAGCCUCUAAGCCAGGAGGUGGAGCUGUUCUCAAGUGGUUUGGUGCCAUGCAACAGAGAGGGACAGUCCUGGUUCUUACUUCUAUUCAGGCAGUAAUUUGCACCAUCUGGAUUGUCAUCUCCUCACCAUCUCCACAUAAGAACACCAAAUACUACAAUGACAAGAUAGUGUAUGAAUGUGUUGUUGGGUCCACCAUUGGCUUUGUUGUCUUAUUGGGUUACAUUGGCUUUCUGGCAA